AUGGUUGUUCACGCUCCGGAAGGAAAGGAAACGAACGUCGAUAUCGUAGAUAGCGACGUCGAAGGUGACAAAGAACCACCGGAAGACCAGCUGUCCCUAUCGAAAACGGAUUCUGAAAAGAAAAAAUGGGCAAGGAAGUAUCUUACGAAACACAUGAAACUCUACCCGGAAUUGUACAAAAGCGACGUGUCGAUUCAUCCCAGUUACACGGGUCUGAAAAACUUUCCUUAUUACGUGAUCUGCCGGCGUCGCGUGCAAAGAACCAAGAAACAGAUCAGACGUCAGCUGAGUCGCGAAGUUAUGCAUUUCGCGAUGAUGCAGGUGUUCGCCAUCGAUAGCGUAAGAAUCGACCGUGUCUUCAGCGUCGGGAUGCCACCGGGGACAUUGAUUGUCCCCGAUUCCCUAACCGCGAACGAGAGACGUCGCCUGAACAAGCUACUUCAGACACGAUGA